CGCCCCGCCCCGCCCCGCCCCGCCCCGUCGGACGUUUUGGUGCGGAACGAAUAUUUGGAUAUUCGUCUUUAAUAGUGCCCCGAAUAUCCAGAGACCAGAAACCACUAUUCGAGCCAGCCCUAGAAGCCACUGACAUUAUAGCAGUAGAACAGCACUUCACAAGAAUGCAUUGCUUAGCUUUGCAUGCUGUUACCCCAACACAGAAGUCCUGAGUCUUCCUCACGUUUGCAGGGAGAUGACCAACUGUAUUGUGCAAUUCUGCUGAUCUACCUCAUCAUCUCAGGUUCACUUUAAAUAAGCAAUCGAAGAAGUAGAAGAAAAAGAAAUUAAGCUGUGGAAGCUAUAUUCCAUGUAUUUUAGAGAUCUUGGAGCAUCUGAAGAGCUCAAGACACAAUAAGAAAAUAUAGAAUUUUUAAAUUAUUUAUCCCAAAAAAAUCUAAACUGCUUCUAAAUGUAUUUUUUCCCCACAUUAUCCAGCCGUCCCAGCUGCACAUGAAGCACUGUAGUGUGUUUAGAAAACAAAACUCAUUCCUCAAACACGACACCUUUUUGCUAUUUAAAAAAAAAGAACCAUUGAACUGAAUGUAAACACUAGAGCAGUAAUAUUGUUGUUGUCCUCUUGAUAAAAGUGUGCUUUUUCUUUUGCCUCAUGCACCUCUUUGGUUUUGCCAGGUAUGUUUUCCUUGAGGUGUGUAACUCAAAGGUCACCCAAGUUGAAGCCUUGCAUGCUUUUGCAGUAUGCUUCAGUGAAAACAGCACAUCAGAGGUAAAUACGCUGACAAAAAAACAAACUGCAAUGCUUACUGUGGUACUUCAGAUGUUUGUAAAAAAAAAAAGAAGUCAUAUCUGUUGUUUUUUAAUUUAUCAACAUCUGCCUUUUUUUUGUCAUCUCCGCACAAUUUUCGGGAACAGAUGAAGGAAUGUUUAUCAUGUCAAGAUUGUAGCUACUUGAUAAUAUUUUAUUGUGUUAACAGGAAUUUGACUUGAAUUUAAUCACACUUUGCAUGGUCAAUUAGAAAAUAGUGAAAUUAUGUGAAUGCUCGAAAGCAGAGGUGUCAAACUCAUCUUAGUUCAGGUUCCACAUUCAGCCCAGUUUGAUAUCUAGUGGGUUAGACCAGUAAAAUCACAGAAUGAUAACCUAUAAAUAAAUAACCACAACUCCAAAUGUUCCUUUGUUUUAGUGCAAAAAAGUACGUUCUUAAAAUGUAGGGAAUUAUCUUUUUGCAAAACCUGAAAAACCUCAAAUUUCUGAAGAAAAAUAAGUUCAAUUUCAACAGCGUUAUGCCUCAGUUUGGCGUUUACACAUUAGAACGUAUAGAUCACAGUUUAUCUACUAAGGAACAAAACAUUUAGUCACAGGUAUCUGGAACUGAGCGAUACAGUAUUUUAUUUUAUGAUCAAAGUGACAAAAAUCUGACCAAAAAACAACAAAAACAAGACAAAAUGUUACAAAAAUGAGACACAAAACAAGAAACAAAAUUACCAAAAAAUUUAGACAAACGAAAUGAAACAAAACAAAAAAUUUACAAAAAAUUAGACAACGGAGUUACAAAGUGACAAAAAAAGAUGAAAUGUCACAAAAAUGAGGCACAAAAUGACAAAAAAAAAUUUGACAAAUGACAUGAAACAAACCAAAAAAUUUCAUCGUUACAAAGCGACAAAAAAUGGACAAAAAAACAACAAAAACAAGACAAAGUAAUACAAAAAUGAGAGACAGCAUGUUAAAAAUGGAGAAACAGCACAUGUGAGACAAAAAAGACACAAAACAAGACGAUAAAACAACGAAUACGGUGAAACAAAAUGACAGAAGUAAGACAAAAACACAAGUGAGACAAAAAGCAAAGACAAAUCGACAAAAACGAGAAACAAAACGACAAAAGCAUGAGACAAACAGCAAAAGUCAGACAAAAAACAAGGCAAAAAUAUUAUCCAAACGAGGCACAAAACGACAAAACAACAAUGAGCAAUCUAGUAUUUUACUGAAUGAUCAAAAAAAACUUGACACCCUGCUGUAAAGCUUCUAAUCCAGCUCUUUUUUUUUUUUGGUCAUCUGUGCACAUUGUUUAGGGAACAGAUGAAGGAAUGUUCAUCCUAUCCAGACUGUAGCUGCUUCAUAAUAGUUUAUUGUGUUUGCAGGAGUUUGACUUGAAUUUAAUGACAGAUUUUGAGUGUUUCACAAGAACCAGGUCAGUAUGAUGAACCUGUUUUAUGGUGCUAUUACCAAGUAUUAAUUUAAAAUUCAUGUGGAUUUUUUUAGCAGAAGCUACAGUUUUAAUUGACUCUAAGUGGCUCCCCAUUACGAGUCAAUUGAUAGAAUUUUUUAAAGAUUAUAGCAGCUGACGUGGCUAAUGUUGGCUUUUAAUUAGCUGCAUGACUUUUCAGUACAAUCAGCUGUUUGUUGACCACGUUCACAUGCCUUUAGUUGCUCUGUCGGCUGACGUUUUUGUAAUCACGGUGUUUUUGCAAACAUCAAAUCAAGGUUGCAAUAGUUGGGCAUUAUUCAUUGUAUUUUUUGGUCGUGCUUUAUUUAAUUGCACUUGAAUUAAAGAAUGACAAUAAUAUAACUUAAAAUUUCUGCUGGUGGUUUUGUAUCUUGAGUAAAACAUCCGCGCAGAUCCACAUGAACUCAGUGACACCAGGCCGUGAUCUGUAGCUACGCACGGAUCACUGUUUUGUUCCUUAAUGGAAAAAUGCCACGACACCUCCUGCCAUUGAGUCCGAGUGAAAAUCGGAGGGGUCCUUUUUUAUCUCGGAGCGGUGGGGCCAUUAAUGUCGCUGAUUAACCAGGAAGAUAUCAAUAAUUAACCGUGAACAAUAAAAGCCCACGCCCUCUGUCACAAUUCUAACCCUCAAACCUCAUUUACAUUCCUUUGCGGCCUGGAAAGCAUUCAGUGGGGAAAAAAUAGAAACCUGCAUUUUCCGACUCGGGUAGAUAGAAUCUGUGAGUCGACUUGGUUGCCCUCGAUAACUCCAAAUAGCUGUUGUGUGAAUGCAGAGGAAAGAAUGUGGGUGUUUUCGUCAGUUUACAGACAUUUAAAGGUGGAAAAAUUCACAAAUCUCUCUCAAAAAAACAUGCCCAUGAAAUAUGGAUAGAAGUAAUGUCAUCCUGCUGGGGCAAAAAUAUGAAGUCAGUGUGAGUAAAAAGCCCACACCGAGCACGAUUUAUACAGGUUUCUCCCCACUCCAUCCUGGAUUCAUCUACCUGGUGUGAAGGGAGGAGCCUCAGGUGAUGGUUAAUGAUUCAACACAGCUGCUGAGAUUGACAGAUACAGAAAGAGGAAGGAGGAAAGAUUGAGAGAGAGAGAGAGAGAGAGGGAGUUAGAGCUGGAGAGAAGUAAAAAUAGUAAACCUGAAGACAUGGCAGUGUAAGAGGAGAAAGUGUGCAGCAGCAGGAGAAGAAGGAGAAGAAAAAGCAGCAGCAGAAGAAGUAAUAGAGAGGUUGCAGGGUGCAUGUUUUGUGUCUGCUCGGGUGUUUCCAGACCGUCUGCGGGUCAAGCAGAAAUUAAACGCAAAGCGAAUACUUCUCUACAACUGGAAGUGGAUAUUGUGAGCAGCUUAGGGUGAUUUUUUAUUUUUUAUUUUUUGCUUCCUGUGAUCCAUGCGGCCUUAAUAAGCUGGACUCUUCUCUCCUGAUCACACACUGCCUGCAGCUAUGGAGAAGCAACUGGAAGAGCUGAAGCAGCAGCUGGAGAAGCAAUGUCUGAUCAACCAGGAGCUGCAGAGGCAAAACAAAGACCUGCAGCAGCGACUGCAGGAAAAAGAAAAACUUCUGCAAGAGCUGCACAGCCAAUAUCAUGAUCUGGAGUUUCCUUCUCAGAGCGGCAAUGAGAUUGAACCGGAGGUCAGGAAAAGCCGAGCUGCUGUCAUUGCCCCUGAACCAAUCCCCGAGACCCUGGAGAUUACACGCACCAGGGUCAAGAAGACUGUCAGCGAGACGAGUCUGAUCGUCAAAGCGAUCCAGAAGAACGAUUUCCUGAGCCGCCUGGACGAUGAGCAGAUAGCCAUGAUGGUGGAUCUUCUAGUGGUUUCCAACUCCAAACCCGGAGACGAAAUCAUUAAAGAAGGUUCUGAAGGAGACACAAUGUACAUAGUGGCAGCUGGUGAGCUCCUCGUCACGCAGGCAGGCCGGGAUCUACGAACUCUAACCAGUGGUGAUAUUUUCGGAGAGUUGGCCAUUUUGUACAACUGCAAACGGACAGCAACAGUCAAAGCAAAGACAGCGGUGCAUCUGUGGUUCAUGGAGCGACAAACCUACAGAACCAUCAUCACCAACAAAUCCAAGAAGAAACGAGAGCAACUCAUGGGCUUCCUGAAGACGUCUCGCACCCUGAAGGACCUGAAUGACGUCCAGUUGUCCAAAAUCAUUGACUCCAUGGAGGAGGUGAAGUACCAGGACAAAGACGUCAUAGUUCGAGAAGGAACAGAAGCAGACACCUUCUACAUCAUCCUCAAAGGAGAGGUCCUGGUGACGAAGAACGUGAACGGGCAUCAGAAGCAGAUUCGCAGGAUGGGAAAAGGGGAGCAUUUCGGGGAACAGGCCCUCAUACGGGAGGUCUUGAGAACUGCUACCUGUGCUGCUGAUGGCCCUGUCACCUGCUUCUCCAUCGACAAGGAGGUGUUUGAAGAGACGAUCCCCAUUGAGCACCUGGAGCUGUUUGAUGACUCUAAAGUGAUGCAGGAGGCUCAAGCUCCAGAAAAAUCAAGUCCUAUCUCCACUCUGAGGUUUAAGGAUCUGGUUCCUGUCUUAUAUCAAGAGGGUCGCUACCAAGGAGACCCUGUCACACUUGGAGUUGGAGGAUUUGGUCGCGUGGAGCUGCUGACCACUGUGAAUCAUGGGAAAUAUUACGCCAUGAAGCGAGUCAGCAAGAAGCACAUUGUCGCUAAAAGACAGGAGGAGCACAUGCUGUUUGAGAAGAAGAUCCUCAAAGCUAUCCAGUGCGAGUUCAUUGUGAGACUUCACGGAGCUUUCAAAGACACACGAUACAUCUACAUGGUCAUGGAGUUCUGUGGCGGCGGAGAGAUCUGGACCAAACUCAAAGAAGUCGGACGUUUUGACGAGAACAUCGCCGUGUUCUGCACUGCCUGUGUGGUGGAGGCCUACGCUUACCUCCACAAGAAGAGCAUCAUGUACAGAGACCUGAAGCCCGAGAACCUGAUGCUGGACGUGAAGGGCUACAUCAAACUGGUUGACUUUGGUUUUGCUAAGGAGUUGGUACGCGGUGAGAAAACCUACUCAUUUGUUGGUACUCCUGAGUACAUGGCACCAGAGAUCAUCAAGAACCAGGGACAUGACUUCGCAGUCGACUUUUGGUCUCUUGGCAUCCUGAUCUUUGAGCUAUUGGUCGGAAGCCCUCCCUUUUCCAGCUCAGAGCCCCAGAAGAUUUAUGCCAAAAUCCUGGACGGGGUGCUCAAGUACCCACCUUACUUGAGUGAAGCAUCCAAGUCCAUAAUCAGUAAACUGUGCAGGAACCGGCCGGGUCAGAGGUUAGGAAACACCAAGAACGGAAUCAAAGAUGUCCGGCAUCACAGGUGGUUCAGCAGCAUCAACUGGCACAAGCUGCGAAUGUGUCAGCUGGACGCCCCCACAGUUCGGCUCAUCCGCAAGGGUCCCUGCUACAUCAACUUCGAUCGAUUCCCUCACGACCAGACGAUAGCAGACGAGGAUUUCUCUGACUGGGAUCGUGACUUCUGAUUCUGACGUCUCCAGAAAAGGAUCCAAGGCCACAACAGCUGCUUAUAUCACAUAAAUAUGGAGCCGAAACAGGGUUAACGCCACAUGAUAGUAGAAGGAGCUUCUUAAAUGAAAAGAAAACAAUCGAUUUUAUACCGAUCUGAUUUUUAAAUCUGCACCUGGAGCUACAGGGAAUCAGCAGUUCCUAAAUAUGUAUUGAGGUUCUUCUGGUGCAAAACUGAAACGACCAUGUGGGCGGAAAAGGGCCAAAAAUAUGUGUGUGAAGACGAGAUGUUCUGUUUCCAGAUUCAGUGCAAAGGAGAUUCGGUGCUUAAUAACAUUCAUGUAUAUAACACUAAUUAGAAUAUAACCACCCGUCCAACUGCUAAUAAAGGCUUGGUCUUACAAAACGCCAGCUCAGAUCAGCACUGAUGUCAUCACUAGUCUACUUGUCGACCAUGUUUAUUGUUCUUUUAGAUCUGUGUUGUUUCAGAGAUAAAAUGUGCUUAUCUGCUCUUAGCUAAGCUGUCUAACGCUUUAACAUUGAUAAAGUUCUUUGCUAUAGA